CAGUCUUCCAACAGUAGAUUUUCAUACCAGCCAGUUGGUUGUUUGGCCAGACAUUGAACAACACAGUGGGCCAAGUUUAUACUUACGACAAAAUCCUGGCUUUGAGACCUUGCAUGUGUGUGAUUGAUUCAGCAAUCCGAGAUGGCCGUUACAAAAGGGAUUUGCUCCGGGUCACCCAGGCAGGAGCAUGUGGACAUCCUGUUGUAGCUGGUUUUGUUUAGAACCCACCGCCACAGUGGAAGAAAACGUCAGCUCUUGGCGCCAGGCCUACACAAACUCGGGCUACAGCCAAUCCCUGACCUCUCCCGAACAUAUGUGCAAGGCCUGCGGAGGCCAAUUCAACACCAUCGCUAGGAAGCAUGUCUGCGUGGACUGCAAGAAGAACUUCUGCGGCCACUGCUCGGUGCAGCUUGAGCCGCCAUGCCUGCGACUCUGCCACACAUGUCAGCACUUUCACGGAACCCUAUUCGACCGCGCCCAGUUGAUGCGACUCAAGGUGCGGGAGCUGCGUGACUACCUCCACCUGCAUGAGGUGCCCACCCAGACGUGCCGGGAAAAGGAGGAGCUGGUUGAGCUGGUCUUGGGCCAGCAGACCCCUAGCACCAGCACCAGCAGUGAGACCGUGUCCUCCCAGCCCAGGGCUCACAACAACGUCCCUUCCCCAGGCACACCAUCCCCUCUCCAGACACAGGGCCCUAUCAGCCCUGACACAUUGAGCCCAGAGCAGCCAGAACAAUCAGCCCCUGAGGCAGAGCCAGAGUCAGAGCAGAUAUCUGAGGAGGAGGAUGAAGAAGAGGAGGACGAGGGUGAAGAGUCAUCAGACAACGAGGAGACCCUGAUCCCCGGCCGCAGGGCCUCUCUGUCUGACCUGAGCUGCGUUGAGGACAUCGAGGGCCUGAGCGUGCGCCAGCUGAAGGAGAUCUUGGCCCGCAACUUUGUCAACUACAAGGGCUGCUGCGAGAAGUGGGAGCUGAUGGAGAGGGUCACCCGCCUCUACAACAACCAGAAGGACCUCCAGAACCAAGUUUCAAAUACAACAAGUAAAGAAGACCCUGCGGCUCCCAAGAGCCAGGAGGAGAACCUCUGUCGGAUCUGCAUGGACUCACCCAUUGACUGUGUUCUGCUGGAGUGUGGCCACAUGGUCACCUGCAGCAAGUGCGGCAAGCGCAUGAGCGAGUGCCCCAUCUGUAGGCAGUACGUGGUACGGGCGGUGCAUGUCUUCAGGUCCUGAUGCAUUGCCACAGGGAGGGACACAAUGGACAAAAUGGCAUUACUGCCACCACUGCUCAGUGAUAGCAUAGCUUACAAGAAUAAACUAUAUAAUGCACACUCUCACUCAUUCAAACAGUCUUCUUCACACUGGUGUUCCAGAGAAAUAACCUGACUCCACUUUUCCGGGUUCUCAGUGUCACGUUCUUGAAAAUGAUCGGACCAAGGUGUAGAGUGAGUAUAGUUCCACAUAUUUAUUUAAGUGAAACUAACAAAACAAAACUUACAAAGACCGUGAGGACGUAGUGCCCAAACACACUAACAAUCAAUCAAUAUCCCACAAAACACAGGCGGGGAAAUAGCUACCUAAAUAUGAUCCCCAAUCAGAGGCAACGAUAAACAGCUACCUCUAAUUGGGAACCAUAUUAACACCAACAUAGAAAUAGACAUACUAGAUAACCCCCUAGUCAUGCCCUGACCUACUACACCAUAGAGAACCAAGGGCUCUCUAUGGUCACGGCGUGACACUCAGUUUUUCUACUCCACCUGCACCUAUUGUUUCUGAUCUUUCAGCGUCUUACAAGAACUCAAGAUUUCAGUACAAUAACUUUGUUAUUCAAAUAGUUUUACUCUGUUGUUCAUAUCAAUAGCAAAACGGAGAGAGUGGCCAGAAUAGUGCUAUUUGACCAAUGGUGAGCAACACUCAGGGCCCCAUUUUGACAAUGCGAAUAAGCGGCGGUAAUGUAAGAGACCAAAAUUUGGAAAACUUCUAAACUGUUUAUUUCCAACCUUAUCGCCUCAAGCAAGGCUUGGAAAAAGCAGGCUUGGAUAUGACGGUGUGGAUAUUUAAUGCAGGCAAUGCAGUAGUUGUGUAAUUGGUGCAUUAAGUGGCGCACAGAAUAUUUGAAGUGCUAAAGUCUGUUUUGCACCCUCGAAAUGUCACUCACUGACUUCAGUACCUGCAACCCAGCUGAUCUGUUAAUUGGUCUUGUGGUCCAGAGCCAUCUUUAGGUUGCAGUGCACUUGCUAAGCAUAGAACCCAGGCCUUAUUUGUCUUAUGGGCGAUCCUUCAGACACAGAGAUGUGUGGUGGUUGAACAUAGCAUCCUAGGAGUGGAAACAGCCCUUUCAAUGCAAUUGUCUGCAUGUAGCUCACCGAAAGUACUUGAGGAGGGAUCAAGGAGGCAUACGGCUUGGUUUCAUUUGCCCUUUUAUGGUCAAAAUACCCUUUAACUUGUAGUUAUUUUAUCAAAACUGGAAAAGAACACACAUUGACUUGACAGUUCAUACAGUUCUGUAAAUGAGCCACAAUGGGAACAUUUUCUGAAAUGUAAACCAUGCACAGUAGAUAUGCAUUUAUAAAAAUUCUCUGGAUGUUGUCAAUUGUUUGCUGUUGUUUGAGGGUGGUUCUGUGACCUUAUCCCAAAUUAGGUUUGAGGUAAAGAGAGCUGACCUCGUUUGGCAGCAUGUCUACAUUCUAAGGCUCUCACCAUCCCCCUCUUAUCAGCAAGUGCCCAAGAAUGGAAUGCUCAUUGACUACGCAGUGCACUGAAUGCACUCGUUUCCUAAUGACAAGUUGAUGUAUUAUGUUAACUUCUAGUUUAUCAAAACAUCAAAGUGUUCUGCAAAUUUA